CUAGACCAGAGCGCUAACCACUGAACUUCAAUGCUCUGUUAUUUGUGCAUCGUUGCUUUUGGUCCGUGCAUACCGGUUUCCGUCCCACAACCCGAAACCAUGCUUUGAUUGAAGAAUCUCAUUGGCCUUGUUGGAUUCAGCGAGAAGGAGGAAGAACAGGAACUUUUUUUAAAAACUCACAAUCGGACCCUAUUUUUGGUUGGACAAGACGCGUGAAUUCUUCCGGCCGCAUCCGCGCAAGAUUAAAUAUAUCGCGACUCAUAGUUGAUCAAUUCCGAUAUUUUAACUGCAGUCAGGCUUUCCCUCCUCCAAGAUGUCCAGGGGUUCCAUCGAAAUCCCACUCCGGGACACAGAUGAGGUGAUUGAGCUUGACUUCGACCAGCUUCCGGAAGGCGACGAGGUCAUCAGUAUCCUGAAGCAGGAGCACACACAGCUGCACAUAUGGAUCGCCUUGGCCUUGGAGUAUUACAAGCAGGGCAAAACCGAGGACUUUGUCAAACUCCUCGAGGCGGCGCGUAUCGACGGGAACCUGGACUACAGAGACCACGAGAAGGAUCAGAUGACCUGUCUGGACACUCUGGCAGCCUACUACGUGCAGCAGGCGCGGAAAGAAAAGAACAAAGAUGCCAAGAAAGAACUCAUCACGCAGGCCACGCUGCUGUACACGAUGGCAGACAAGAUCAUCAUGUACGAUCAAAACCAUUUGCUGGGAAGAGCUUGUUUUUGCCUGCUGGAAGGGGACAAGAUGGACCAGGCCGACGCUCAGUUCCAGUUUGUCCUCAACCAGUCCACCAACAACAUCCCCGCUUUGCUUGGCAAGGCGUGCAUCUCCUUCAAUAAAAAGGAUUACAGAGGAGCGCUGGCGUACUACAAGAAGGCUCUGCGUACAAACCCGGGCUGUCCAGCCGAGGUGCGGCUGGGUAUGGGCCACUGCUUCGUCAAGCUCAACAAAUUGGAGAAAGCUCGCUUGGCGUUCGGCCGCGCCCUGGAACUCAACCCCAAAUGCGUGGGGGCCCUGGUGGGCUUGGCCGUGCUGGAGCUGAACAACAAGGAGGCUGACUCCAUCAAGAACGGCGUGCAGCUCCUGUCGCGCGCCUACACCAUCGACCCCAGCAACCCCAUGGUGCUCAACCACCUCGCCAACCACUUUUUCUUCAAGAAGGACUACAGCAAAGUGCAGCAUUUGGCCCUGCAUGCUUUCCACAACACGGAAGUGGAGGCCAUGCAGGCGGAGAGCUGCUACCAGUUGGCUCGAUCUUUCCAUGUGCAGGAGGAUUACGACCAAGCCUUUCAGUAUUACUACCAGGCCACGCAGUUUGCGUCGUCCACCUUCGUCUUGCCCUUCUUCGGCCUGGGGCAGAUGUACGUUUACCGGAGAGACAAAGAGAAUGCAGCCCAGUGCUUUGAAAAAGUUUUGAAGGCCUACCCGAACAACUACGAGACCAUCAAAAUUCUGGGCUCCCUAUACGCAACAUCUGACGACCAGGAAAAGCGAGACAUUGCCAAGGGUCAUCUAAAGAAAGUCACAGAGCAGUACCCCGACGACGUGGAGGCCUGGAUCGAGCUAGCUCAGAUCCUGGAGCAGACCGACAUCCAAGGGGCUCUGUCGGCGUACGGCACGGCCACCCGCAUCCUGCAGGAGAAGGUGCAGGCCGACGUGCCCCCAGAGAUCCUCAACAACCUGGGGGCGCUCCACUUCCGGCUGGGCAAUCUAGAAGAAGCCAAGAAAUACUUCCUAGCGUCUCUGGAUCGGGCCAAAGCCGAGGGGGAGCACGACGAGCACUACUACAACGCCAUUUCCGUCACCACCUCCUACAAUCUGGCACGUCUGUACGAGGCUAUGUGCGAGUUCCACGAGGCGGAGAAGCUCUACAAGAACAUCCUGAGAGAGCAUCCCAACUACGUCGACUGUUAUUUGCGACUCGGUGCGAUGGCACGUGACAAAGGCAAUUUCUACGAAGCUUCCGAUUGGUUCAAAGAGGCCCUUCAGAUUAAUCAGGAUCACCCGGAUGCCUGGUCCCUCAUUGGGAACCUUCACUUGGCCAAGCAGGAGUGGGGGCCGGGUCAGAAGAAGUUUGAGCGCAUUCUCAAGCAGUCGUCCACGCAGAACGACACCUACUCCAUGCUGGCUCUGGGCAACGUGUGGCUGCAGACCCUCCACCAGCCCACCAGGGACAGGGAGAAGGAAAAGAGACAUCAGGAUCGCGCUUUGGCCAUUUACAAGCAGGUCCUGCGAAAUGACGCCAAGAACCUCUACGCAGCCAAUGGAAUCGGUGCCGUCCUGGCCCAUAAGGGUUACUUCAGAGAGGCCCGGGACGUGUUCGCCCAGGUGAGGGAGGCCACGGCCGACAUCAGCGACGUGUGGUUGAAUCUGGCUCACAUCUACGUGGAGCAGAAGCAGUACAUCAGCGCUGUGCAGAUGUACGAGAACUGCCUGAAGAAGUUUUACAAGCACCAGAACACGGAGGUGUUGCUCUACUUGGCGCGAGCGCUCUUCAAAUGUGGGAAGCUUCAGGAGUGCAAGCAGAUGCUGCUAAAGGCCCGCCACGUGGCGCCCAACGACACGGUGCUGAUGUUCAACGUGGCGCUGGUGCUUCAGCGGCUCGCCACUCUGGUGCUCAAGGAUGAGAAGAGCAACCUGAAGGCUGUGCUGAGCUCCGUCAAAGAGUUGGAACUCGCUCACAGGUAUUUCAGUUACCUGAGCAAAGCCGGAGACAAGAUGAGAUUUGACCUUGCACACGCAGCGUCUGAAGCCAGGCAGUGCUCGGACCUGCUGAGCCAGGCUCAGUACCACGUGGCACGAGCCAGAAAGCAGGACGAGGAGGAGAAGGAACUGCGGGCCAAACAAGAACAAGAGCGCGACCUCUUGCGGCAACAGUUGAUGAAGGAGCAGGAGGAGAAGAAGAGCCGCGAGGCCGAGGAGCAGAAGAAACUGCUGGAGCAGCGAGCGCUGUAUGUGGAGAAAACCAGAAACCUGCUCACCUUCGCCGAGGGGGCCUCAAAGGAGAAGAAGAAGGCAGGGGGGGGGAGUGGAGGACGCCGCAAGAAGGGCGGCGACAUGGACGAGUUCGUCAACGACGACUCGGACGAAGAGCUGCCCGUGAAGAAGAAGAAGAAAAGGGCGGCCAGCGGGAGCGAGCAUGACGAGGGGGAGGACGGAGAGAAGAAGGCCCGCCGCAAGAGGAAGAAAGCUGCCGACAUCAGCGACGACGAGGAAGGAGGAACUCAAAUCAAGAAGCAGCGCAAAACCAAAGAGCGCAAGAGGAUCGAAAAGCCUCAGCACGAGCGUCCUCCGCCUUCUCUCAAAGGAAAGAUUAAGUCAAAGGCGAUCAUCUCAUCCUCUGAGUCUUCAGAUGAGGAUGGGCUGAAGAUAGCGGAGGACAGGAAUAAUAGAGACAGCGGGUCCGGAUCCGACGAGGACGACGACGGUGACCACAGGAAGCGGAUUGUGUCCGAAAGCGACUCCGACGCCGGGAGGGACCGCUCCGGCAACGAGGCGGGCAGCCCCCGGCGCUCCCCGGGGAGCCCGCGACGCUCGGCGGGAUCCGAGGACGACGACGACGACGACUCCGGCAGCGACCGUCCGGGGAAGAAGAGGAGCGCGCAGCGGCAGUCCGACUCGGACCGCUCGGACAACGAGAGCAAGAGGUCGGCGUCGGACGACGAGUCCCGGCCCGGUUCGCCGGUCGCGGCGUCGGAACCGGGAUCGGACAACGAGGGCUCUCCUCCCCGCUCUGACAACGGGUCGGAACCGGAGGGGUCCGACAAUGACGAUGACAGCGAUUAACCGGACUGACGGUCGCCGGUUACGGCUCCAAGUUUUGCCCACAAUCAAAAUGAGCUCAUUUUUUUGUACAGCAUUAUGUCUGAUUCUAUUAUGUCAAAUGACAAAGAGAAGAAAGCUUCUCACUUUUCCAUACUUUCUAUAACUCAUAUUUUUAAUACAAUGAGGGAAGCAGUCGUAAAGCAGGUCCAAAAUCCAGUUGCUGCUUGUUCACGCUUCCCUCCGCAACUCGUCUCUUGCCCCGCCUCAGGACCGGGGCAACUGAAUGUCGGCCUGUUUUACUGCCACUCCUACCCCCCCCCCCCACACCUCAUAGUAUAAAAAAAAAUGAAGUUAGAAUAAAGUUCGGAAAAUGUAAAAGUCUUGAGUCAAGAUUUAAAGAUGAUGCUCUCACCGUGUCUGCAUGAUUUUUUUCUCGGUAUUUUUACAUUCCAAAAACGUGCAUCUUUGGCUUAUUAAAGACUUUAAAGUUGCA